AAUUGAAUUUCUCUAAAAUAUAAUAAUGUAAAGCUUUAUUAAAAUACGAAUAUCGAAAAACAUUUGAAUAAAAACAUAUUUACUUUAGUCACGUGUCUUUAAUAACGUGACUACAGUAAAAUCAUGUGACAAGGAAGAAAGAAAAAACAACACGUGACUUUACUUUAGUUUUUCAUGUGCGUAUCUCUACCACUUUGGUGCUAGCUAGCCGGUUGCUCGACCUUUCUCAACUCGACACUUGCACAUAGCACGGGACAGAACCGCAUGGACAUAGCACGAAAUAGAAUUAUGUCCGUGUUUGAACAUAACGUACGUACCGACAAGUCGUUCGUGGACAUGGCUACGUAGUUACCAAUGUGCACCACUCAUGGACAUUGCGCUGGCUUACAGGGAGGAAAAGUGAUAUACUUUCUCUUAUAGAACGCUCUCAGUCUUCUCUCUGAGUGUACAACGAAGAGAGAUUAGAGACUGAUGUUAUUAAUCAAAUCAAACUGAACCUGAAAAGUGACAGUUGGCGGUGACCUUGGUUUAUGUGAUUGUUUUGUUUGACACACAUAUUCAAAAUUUAUAUUCAAAUUUGUCAGAAUAACGACAAAAACAGUCGAUCAAAUGGAUAACGAGAUAACAUCACUUUCACAAAAUGACUCCCUUUUUAUUGCAACUGGAAGCACAAAAGGGCACAAUGAGAAUGUAUCUCCAGAAGAGACUUUCUUAAUUCAACAAUUGCAAAGGAGUAUAUCGGAAACAACAGAGGAGAAUAUCGCAUAUACAAAGGAAAUCACAAAUUUGUUAUCUAAUCUAAACCUCGAAGUUAAGUCACUACCUAACGAUAUAAAAGAAGGUCUGAAAAAAGUAUCUUUGAUACUUAGAUCUGAGAAGUUAUUUGAAUUUGAUGAGGCGGCGUUAUCUGUAAAUAGAGAACGAAAAAUCGUAGAAGAGAAAAGGCGACAGAGAGAGGAAAAGCAGAUGUCAGUAAUGUAUAACAAAUUACUCAGAAAUUGUACAAAGUUACAGACAAAGCUUGAUCACCUACAAGAGGCAGUUGAUUCCCUUAAAAACAUUGGCGAUAUUGCAGACACAGACAAGAAUGAAAUGUUUUGUAACAAAACUUUCUUGUCUGCAAAAUUGAAAGAAUAUCAACAAACCGCAGAGAAAUUAGAAACUCAGUUAACUGAUAUGCAAGUUGAUAACAUUUAUCCUGAACAAAUAAUAGAAAAAUACAAUUUAUAUUUAGAAAAUAGAAACAAAUUGGCGGAUCUUAAUCAGUUAAUUGCUCAGUACAAUGACUUGCCACCUGAUUUGUUGCAAGCUAAAUUACUGGUAGAAAGCAAAGAGAAGGAGUAUGAAAAUUUGGAGCAAAUGUUUUUAAACUAAAUGAGCUUGGAUCGCAAUAUCAGAUUGUGAAUGUAUAUUUUUGUACACUUUUUAAUAUAAUUCUGUUCUCAGGAUUACCUUGAUUUGUGUAUUACUAAU